UUCUGACUAUCCAACUUCAACUAAGUCCUUCCCUCUACUGGAAGAUAGUUUUCAUUAUACUCGAACUACAGGACAGAAAAUCCAGGUAUUUUUGAAGGGACUGAGAGCAUCAGAAAGCACUCAGAGCUGAAAGAAUGGAAAAAGCUGUCCUUGUCAACCAAACUUCAGUGAUGUUUUUUCGGCUGAGAGGUUUAUCUGUAAAUCCAAAGGUACAGAUGGUUGUGUUUUUCAUGUUCCUCAUUUUCUACGUCCUCACACUGAUUGGUAACAUCCUCAUUGUCAUAACUAUCAUAUUUGACCGCCGGCUCCAUACACCCAUGUAUUUCUUCCUCAGCAAUCUGUCCUUCAUUGAUGUCUGCCAUUCCACAGUCACUGUCCCAAAGAUGCUGAGAGACACCUUGUUAGAAGAAAAGCUCAUCGCUUUUGAUGCCUGUGUGGUCCAGAUAUUCUUCCUGCAUCUCUUUGCCUGCACAGAGAUCUUCCUGCUUACAGUCAUGGCCUAUGAUCGGUAUGUGGCCAUUUGUAAACCCUUGCAGUAUAUGACUGUGAUGAACUGGAAGGUGUGUAUGAUUCUGGGAGGGGCCAUGUGGACAGCAGGGACCAUCCACUCCAUAUCUUUCACCUCACUCACCAUCAAUCUUCCCUACUGUGGUCCUAAUGAUAUUGACAACUUCUUCUGUGAUGUACCUCAGGUGAUUGAACUGGCUUGCACGGACACCCACAUCACUGAGAUUCUCAUUGUCUCCAACAGUGGUAUGAUCUCUAUGGUGUGCUUUGUGAUUAUUGUAGUGUCCUACGCAGUCAUUCUCGUGAGUCUAAGGCAACAGAUCUCUGAGGGGAAGAGGAAAGCUCUGUCCACUUGUGCAGCCCACCUCACUGUGGUCACACUGUUCCUGGGACACUGUAUCUUCAUCUACUCACGCCCAUCCAUCAGCCUCCCCGAAGACAAAAUUGUUUCUGCAUUUUUCACUGUUGUUACCCCUCUGCUGAACCCUAUAAUCUACACCCUUAGGAAUGAGGACAUAAAGAACGCCUUGAAAAAGUUAAUCAGAAGGAAAGAAAUAAAAGAAAAGUGAAAAUACUAAGCCCUUAGAAUUCUUGGUGAUCUAAAUCCAAGAAGCAACUAUAUAUUGUAUUUACCAGAUGAUAUGACUUACAACCUUU